UUUCCAUUCAAGGUCUUUAUAAUGACACACACAUUUAGACGCAGAGACGAAGCUAGCAAACACUUGUUGAGUAAGAAAAAAAACUAGUGAGUCAUGGAAUCCAGAAAAUUUUUUCGCUUCCUCUUCAUCUUGCUGUGUGGAGCUCUUGUCUUAUUCUUCACCUGGAUUCAUAUCCCAUACGCUCCACCACCAAGCACCACCGAAUUCCUCGACUGCGCCACCAACUCUCCUUGGUGCACCUCCAGAAAUCGCUUCCUAUCUAAGAAACCACCCACCAUCAAUAUUCUCAAGAAACCCCCAAGACAGACGCGCCACCAUCAUGAGUCAGACGUCCCCCACCACCCUCUGGAUCCCCUUACCAUUCGAGAACUCAACAAAGUCCGUACAAUCCUAUCCUCGCACCACCUCUUCAAGUCAUCUCCCUUUGCUCUACACUCCGUAGUCUUGGAAGAGCCCGACAAGCCACUUGUUCUCAGAUGGCGAAAGGGGGACCCCAUGUUAUCCAGAAAGGCUGCCGUCGUGGCACGUGUGAGCGGCCAGUCACACGUGCUAACGGUGGAUAUAGAUACCAGCGAGGUUAACGUACAAGAAACCAAUCCGCUUUCCGGGUACCCAACGAUGACGAUAGAGGACAUGACUUCAUCCACGUGGGCCCCACUGUCGAACGGUGAUUUCAACCGUACGAUCAUCGAGCGUGGAGUAGAUCUGAAGGACCUGGCUUGCUUACCCAUCUCCUUAGGUUGGUAUGGUGCGAGGGAAGAGAACAGGAGAUUAAUUAAGGUACAGUGCUAUUCUAUGGAGGGCACUGCAAACUUCUACAUGAGGCCAAUAGAAGGGUUGACUGUGCUGCUUGAUUUGGACACUAAACAAGUAGUGGAGAUAGCAGAUAAAGGGAAGACCAUACCCAUACCAAAGGCCGCCAACACAGAUUAUCGCUACUCAGCUCAGGGCGUCGAUCAACAGAAGAAACUGAUCAAUCCGAUUUCCAUAGAGCAACCAAAAGGGCCUAGCUUUACUGUGGAAGAUGAGCACAUGGUGAAAUGGGCAAACUGGGAAUUUCAUCUCAAACCCGACCCGAGAGCUGGGGUGAUCAUUUCUCGCGCUAGAGUCCAGGACCCGGAUACUGGGGAGGUGAGAAAUGUUAUGUACAAAGGCCUGACUUCGGAGUUAUUUGUGCCUUACAUGGACCCUACAGAUGCAUGGUACUUUAAGACUUACAUGGAUGCGGGUGAAUACGGGUUCGGGUUGCAGGCCAUGCCGCUUGACCCACUUAAUGAUUGUCCGCGAAAUGCGUAUUACAUGGACGGAGUGUUUGCCGCCGGUGAUGGAUCUCCAUACGUCCGAUCAAACAUGAUCUGUGUGUUCGAGAGUUAUGCUGGUGAUAUCGGGUGGCGGCACGCUGAGAGUCCGAUUACGGGUAUGGGGAUUAGGGAAGUAAGGCCAAAGGUGACGCUUGUGGUUAGAAUGGCAGCAUCAGUGGCUAACUAUGAUUACAUCGUUGAUUGGGAGUUCCAGACUGAUGGGCUAAUCAGAAUCAAGGUAGGACUUAGUGGGAUUCUGAUGGUGAAAGGCACCUCAUACGUGAACAUGAACCAAGUGCCAGGCCAAGAAAAUCUCUACGGCACACUGUUAUCAGAAAACGUCAUCGGUGUCAUCCAUGACCACUUCAUCACGUUUUACCUUGACAUGGACAUCGACGGAUCUGAUAAUUCCUUCGUAAAAGUAAAUCUUCAAAGGAAACAGACCUCUCCUGGAGAAUCCCCAAGGAGAAGUUACUUAAAAGCUACAAGAAACGUUGCAAAGACAGAGAAAGAUGCACAGAUUCAGCUCAAACUUUACGAACCAUCCGAGUUCCAUGUGAUCAACCCGACUAAAAAGACACGGGUAGGGAACCCUGUGGGGUAUAAGGUGGUUCCCGGCGGCACGGCUGCUAGCUUGCUUGAUCAUGAUGAUCCGCCACAGAAACGGGGAGCAUUUACAAAUAAUCAAAUAUGGGUCACCCCAUAUAAUCGGACCGAGGAAUGGGCGGGUGGGUUAUAUGUUUACCAGAGUCAAGGUGAAGACACUCUCGCAGUAUGGUCUGAAAGGGACCGUCCGAUUGAGAACAAGGACAUUGUGGUGUGGUACACGUUAGGCUUUCAUCACAUACCAUGUCAGGAAGAUUUCCCUAUAAUGCCAACAGUAUCGUCGAGCUUUGAUCUGAAGCCUGUCAAUUUCUUUGAAAGCAACCCUAUUCUUCGGUUCCCACCUAAUCUUGAGGAAGAUUUGCCUGUUUGUAAGCCUUCAGACAGUGCUUGAAUGGCAUAUGUUGUUUUAGUUUUAGUUUUUUUUUUUCCUCUUUUACUACAUGUAGCCUAUGUUGAGAAGAAGACUUUUCGGUUCGCAAGCCAUGCUACGUGUUGUGGCUUGGUUGGGGCAGAAAUUUCUGGUCUGAUUUGUACAAAUAUUGAAUGGAAGAGAAUAAUCUUAUCACUUAUUAUAUACA